AUGGCUCGUCGGAAAGCAGCAAAUGGUCUGACAAUAGACUCAUCCGAGGCGACCGACGCAGCUACCGAGCCAUCAACGAACCUCACACUCGCUCCAUUACCCGAUGCGGAGAGAGACCCUGUCAAAGUGAACAAUGCUUCCGCAUCGGAGCUGAAGACCGCAUGCGACGACGCACUCAAACGCUUUCUAUCACGACCAGAUUUGUUCAAGCAAAUACAUACACAUACCGAUGUGCGAUUGGGUCUCGGCUGGGCUGCUGUCAUCAUUGCCUUGGGAACUGGUCUGUACGGCUACUAUGUGGAAUUCGAGCAGGCCAAACCGCUAGUAUGGACGGGCGUCAGCCUCUAUGUUGUCCUGACCACGUUGCAAACCCUAUACGCAUACUUCGUUGAGCGUGAUACUGUCUUUGUAGGAAAACGGAAGACGCUGGACAAGCGGAUCGUAACCGAACGUGUCACGAUCGCGUCUCGCACCAAUCCCUCCUCACCGAAAAACGCGCCUGCGUAUUCUAUCAAGCUCUCUUUUGUACGCUCCUCGAACGGGGGCAAAUCAUUACUAGGCAAGAGCGCCGAAGAUGAGGCGCGCCCUUACACUGCUUUCUUCGAUUCGGAGGGCACCAUGGACCAACCUAGGUUCGAAUCUUGGGUGGGAGAUGUUGUAGGACGGGCUAUGGAGAAGGCAGAGUGA